CACCUUGACCGUACGAAACUGACAGCGUUCUUUACGCUCAACCAGAUAGACAACAACGCCCGGCAGUAUCUGUACCAUGAGAUACCUACACAUUACACGUGGAAGACGAACCGUGUGUGGUCUGCCCGACAACGGAACUUGGCCAAUCCAACACUGUCGCGAAUGUGUAUUGUCACCCCGAUGGACCGUGAACGAUUUUACAUGCGUCUGUUGUUGUUACACCAAAGAGGACCCCAAUCCUUUCAAGACUUGAGGACGGUCGAUGGCCGUCUAUACAACUCUUACGCUGACGCAGCUGUAGCGUUAGGGCUGUUGGAAGGCGAUCACGCCUGGCGAGCCUGCAUGAAUGAAUUUUCAGGCUUAGACACAGCGAGUCAGCAGCGGUACCUGUUUGCAACUAUCCUUCUUAAUUGUGAACCCGCCAACCCGCUUGCAUUAUAUGAAGCUAUCGAGGUUCAUUUAAUGCAAGACUUCGUACAUCGCUUCAAUGAUCCCGACCGUGCAAGGGCGGCUUCACUUGACGACAUUAACGAAUUGUUACGUGUUCGUGGUAAAACGCUGGAAGAUUACGGGUUGCCUUUACCGAGACUUGAAUUAUUAGAACUGCGAUAACAGGACGACCAAAUUGAUCAGGCUGGCGAAGCGCUGCGAGCGGCUGAACAAUUAGAACAGCUCAAUGAUGAACAAAGAAUUGUAUAUGAACGUGUCAUGGAUGCCGUGGACGAUGAGCGACCUGUCGCAAAACUCUUUUACGUCGAUGGUCCUGGAGGCACAGGCAAAACCACUUUAUAUGGUUGUCUUAUAUCCACUCUUCGUGGACAAGGCAGAGCUGUACUAUCGGUGGCUUACACUGGUAUUGCUGAUGGAAGGUGGAAUGACGGUGCAUUCGACGUUUGGACUGCCCAUGGGUGUUUUGACAAACGAUUCUACGUCCACCAUUACCAUGCAGUCGACGCGGGCUCAAAGAAUACGGGAAGCUGCGCUCAUUGUCUGGGACGAGGCCCCCAUGUCCCCUGGAAUGCAACUUACGGUGGUUGAUCGCUUACUCAGAGACGUCAUGGACUCGCAGUUGCCAUUCGGCGGGAAACCAUUCUUAUUUGCCGGCGACUUCAGACAAAUAUUACCUGUCGUCCGCAGAGGCACGCGGAGUGAUGUUGUGAAGUCUACAAUCAAGCAUAAUGCGUUGUGGCCGUUUAUGCAACAGUUUCGCUUGACGCGUAACAUGCGUGCGGGGGGAGACACUGCGUUUGCCGACUGGUUAGUACAGUUAGGCAACGGAGAUCUCCCUUCCGUUGGCGAAAUACCUGACUGUGUUGAAAUUCCUCCUCGGAUGGUAUGUGCCACACCUGUGAUCGACUUCGUCUAUCCACCGCAAAUUUCUUUGGAGAACAUUGAAGAAUGCGCUCGGAGAAUCAUACUGUGUCCGAGGAACGACGACUGCCGACGUAUCAAUCAAACUAUAGUCACGCAACGAGUCGUGGGACAAGCUGGAUUGUACAAUGCUGUGGAUACGGUGGUAGCCGAUGAUCCCGACGAGGUGGCGAAUUAUCCUGUUGAGUUCUUAAACACGCUUGAACCUGAUGGAAUGCCAUCGUACAGACUUACGUUAAAAGUCGGCCCCAUUGUCAUAUUACUUCGCAACUUGGACUCAAAGAGACGACUGUGCAAUGGCACCAGAAUGGUUAUUAUCCAAUUGCGCAGGUACAACUUCAAGGCUAAACUAUUGUCGGGUCGACAAGAGGAAGUAGUCAUUCCUGCCAUACCACUUAUGACCAGUGAGGACGGCGACCUACCGUUUAGACUGCGACGAGGAGUUCAGUUCCCUGUACGAUUGUCAUUUGCGAUGACUAUAAACAAAUCGCAAGGACAAACUUUUGACCGAGUUGGGCUUUUACUAGCGUCUCCAGUUUUCACUCACGGUCAACUAUAUGUUGCCUUUUCAAGGGUUCGUAACUCAGAUUCGGUUAAAGUUCGGCUUAGAGCUGGAACUGAUGUAGCUAUUCAUUUUUAUGUUGAUUGACUAAUAGUUUGCUUUCUAAUGUUACCACUUGAUUUUUCUGCGUUGGAUUCACCAAUUUGAGAAGACUGUUUAGCGGUGAUACGAUACAAGCAAAAUAUUUCGCCCGUUAGAUACGACCACUUUUGUGUCCGUUGAUUUCCAUGCCUGCCGAAAAUGAUAAAAAUGUCAAAUUGGAUGCAAGAUCACUCUAAUGAUGUUACAGACUCAUUUGGAAAAUUAUAAAACUAAUAAUUAAUUUACAUUUUUA